ACUACUCAGGCUCUAUACUUUGGUCGCCGAUUUUUCGGACAAUUCGAUAUCGUGGGGAAAUGGCGAACCGUAGGAGAUGCAGGUUCAGGUGGUAGUCCGAAUACAUGCAAGCAUUAGCAGGAGGCUAUCCACGUCCUACUAGUAGCUUGUGCCUGUAUAGGAGUAGUUCCUGGAGCCGAGUAGCCGCCUGGAGAUCCUCCUUCCUUGUAUGGCUGUCAGUUACUGACCUUAUGCGACACCUUAAUUUCUAUGGCCUAAUCCGUCUAGCGACUGGUCAAGCUGUACCAGGAAUAUGGGAUGAAGCGAGAGGAUUGAAUAUCGCCUAUGUGAUGGCGCAAUCUUGAGUCUUGAGUUUUGGCCGGAAAAUCGCAGCUGGCGAGAUC